GAUGGCUGGAGAGAUAUUCGAUCCGCCAUUGGUAGCACCGCAACCGCUGCACUAGGGACGGUGCCCCCGGAUCAGAGAAACGACUGGUAUGACGGCGAAUGUGAGCAGUUAGUGGAAGAGAAGAAUGCAGCAUGGGCGAGAUUGCUGCAACACCGCACGAGGGCGAACGAGGCACGAUAUAAACAGGCGCGGAACAGACAAAACUCGACUUUCCGGAGGAAAAAGCGCCAGCAGGAAGAUCGAGACCGUGAAGAAACGGAGCAACUGUACCGCGCUAAUAACACAUGAAAGUUCUAUGAGAAGUUAAACCGUUCACGUAAGGGCCACGUGCCACAGCCUGAUAUGUGUAAGGACAUAAACGGGAACCUUCUUACGAACGAGCGUGAGGUGAUCCAAAGGUGGCGGCAGCACUACGAAGAGCACCUGAAUGGCGAUGUGGCAGACGAAGAUGGCGGUAUGGUGAUGGACCUGGGAGAACGCGCGCAGGACAUAAUUCUACCGGCUCCGGAUCCCCAGGAAAUCCAGGAGGAGAUUGGCCGGCUGAAGAACAACAAAGCCCCUGGGGUUGACCAACUACCAGGAGAGCUAUUUAAACACGGUGGUGAGGCACUGGCUAGAGCGCUGCACUGGGUCAUUACCAAGAUUUGGGAGGAGGAAGUUUUGCCGCAGGAGUGGAUGGAAGGUGUCGUGUGUCCCAUCUACAAAAAGGGCGAUAAGCUGGAUUGUAGCAACUACCGCGCAAUCACAUUGCUGAACGCCGCCUACAAGGUUUUGACCCGUAGUGGGUGGCUGAAUAUGAAAAUAACAAUCUAAGGAGAAAAAAUAUGAACAAUCGGUAAAGGACACGCCAAUGUUAAAGGAAACUCGAUAGGGG